AUGGAGAAGGCCAUGGAAAAUGAUACAAUUCGUGGAUAUCUUAACUUAGCUCAAGCUUUAGCCGAUUAUGCCGAAAUUUUGUUACACAUCAAGAAAUCUUUAUCAGCAGAAUAUUCGCCAAUUAUUGUCGUUGGAGGUUCAUAUGGAGGAAUGUUAGCUUCGUGGUUUCGGUUAAAGUAUCCACACAUUGCUGUUGGUGCUCUGGCCUCCUCAGCCCCAAUUCUUUACUUCGACAAUAUCACUCCGCAAGAUGGAUUCUAUUCCAUUGUGACCAAAGACUUCAAGGAGGUUAGUGAGAAUUGUUAUCGUACCAUAAAAAAAUCAUGGGCAGAAAUUGACAGAGUAGCAUCACAACACAACGGCCUCGCCAUUCUCAGUCGAAGAUUCAAUACUUGCACCCCGCUGAGCCACUCAUAUGAACUAAAGGACUUCUUGAGUAAUACGUACACAGGUGCAGCUCAAUAUGAUGCACCACCAGAUUAUCCAGUAUCAAUGAUUUGUGAAGGGAUUGAUAAAGCUUCUUCUAAGAAAACUGAUACACUUGGCCGUAUUUUUGCUGGCAUUGUCUCUUAUUUAAGAAAUCAUACAUGCGUGGGUACAAAUAACUACAAUAUUCCAUUAGAGACUCAACUUGGAUGGGCAUGGCAAAGUUGUAAUGAAAUGGUGAUGCCAAUUGGGAUUGGUGCAAACGCUACAAUGUUUCAAGCUGCACCUUUUGAUAUACACGACUAUAACGAAUAUUGUAAGAGCAAAUAUGGUGUUUCACCUCGGCCACAUUGGAUUACAACUUACUACGGAGGCCACGAUAUCAAAUUAGUCCUAGAAAGAUUUGGGAGCAAUAUAAUCUUCUCCAACGGCCUCAGGGAUCCAUUUAGUGCUGGAGGGGUGCUUGAAGAUUUGUCUGAAAGUUUGGUUGCUAUAACAACUCUAAACGGUUCACAUUGUCUAGACCUACUGCCUCCAGCAAAAGGGGAUCCAGAGUGGCUGACCGCACAAAGAAAAAAAGAGGUCGAAAUAAUGAAAGUCAUUUUCACAAAUCUCCACAAAUCACAGCUCCUAAUAAUCCUAGCCUCGUCCCGCGCUCGCCUCCUCUUCUCUCCCCAGACAGCUUUGUAUCGUCGCUCGGACUUCGGCGUCGGCCUUCAACGCCCGACCUCCGCCUCUAACCUCUGCGUCCGGCCUCCGCUUCCAGCCUCCUCCGCCGGCCUUCGAUCUUAUCCUCGAAGGUAUUUUGCUCCCAACUCCGUUCAUGAAACUUGCUGA